CGGCGUUGGCUUCGGCGGGAAGGCCGCCCGCUGUGGAUCUGGAGGAGACGAUGGAGACGUCGUCGACGCUCGCUGUGGUUGUUUGGCACGCGAGGUGGGACGGGGACACGAGUGCGGCCGUGCCGUCGUGUGUGGCGGCCAACCGCGAGCCCGAGACGGCGCCGCCGGCUGCUGCGCCCACGAAUAGAUGGUCGGACGGCACCACGGCUGGCCGUUAUACGCCGUCCCGUGUCAAUUCCGAAGCCGAAUUUCUCACCGCUUGGCGUUCCCGUCUUCUCCGGCUCCGACCACCUCCAUCUCCACCGCCGGUGACCCGCCUUCAGACCCCUUUCGCGCACACCUUCAUCCUUCUGCUCUCCUCUCUUCUACUAACUGGUAGUAGUAUAGUAAGCAACGCUAACUGAAUUGAACAGCUCCUAUACUCCACUACAGCGGCAGGUGAGUGAGAUCCAGCGGCUGGGUUCUGAAUGUUACUAUCAACCAUCUGAUUUGCGCCAGUUAUCCAUCCUCACUUGCAGAGAAUUAUUCACAAGAUCCUCAACUAUUUCAAAAGGCACACCAAUUCUUCAGAUUCCCUCGUCUUUGUGGUGCUGACAAACUAAUCACUAACAUUGCAUCUCUCUCUCUCUCUCUCUCUCUCUCAAUGCCCGGAUCAUCGCUGUGGUUCCAGCGCAGCAGCCAUCCUGCGGCGACACAACGGCCUAUCAAGUACAACGAUCAAGGCAUAGUCGACAGCCUUACCGAAAAUAAUCUGACAAGUAUGUGGGCUAGCAGAAGGAUAGGGGAGGACGGCCAAUUGUAUGGAGUCCAUGUUCAGGGCACUGCUGGCAUCGGUCUCCCAACUACGGUGCUUGUCAAGAAGUUCCAGAACCUGAACCCAGCACUACUGGUGGAUGACAAUGUCAGGAACCGCUGCAAGUCGGAGAUGGUCCUAUUAGCCAGCAUCUGUCAUGACAACGUCAUCAAUGUCAUACACUUCAUCCAAAGGGAGGAAUCCAUCAUGCUCGUCUACGAGUACCCGGUGAACGGCAACGUUGACUAUUGGCUACACCGGCGGGAGGGGGGCGAGCAGCCGCUGAGUUGGCCACAAAGGAUGGGCAUUGCCAUUGGUGUGGCCCAAGGGCUCUGCCACUUGCACCACAAAUGCAACAGACCGACUGUCCACCACAACAUCAACUCUAACAAUAUCUUGCUUGAUCAGAAUUUCAAGGCCGUGAUAGCCAGCUUUGGCGCUGCGCAGAUGAACAUCGCCGGGCUUAACCAAACAUUGCCGAUCACGGAGAUUCCUGUUGGUAACUUUGGGUAUGUAGCUCCAGAGUAUGGUGUCGCAGCAAGCCAGCUGACAGAGAAGGCAGACAUUUACAGCUUCGGCGUGGUGCUGCUAGAGCUAGUCACAGGGAAGUUGGCAAAUGGAGCAGAUGGUCUAUUGGCGAUUUGGGCUCGGGACAACUGCAAUGAAUUGAUGGCAAACCAUCUGAAAAUGUUCAAGAUUGUCGUGGACAAGAGCAUCCCUGAUCAAGCACGGUACAUGGAAGAGAUGGCGACGGUGUUCAGGCUAGGUGUGGAUUGUACCGUUGGGGAUCCGAAGCAAAGGCCGUUCAUGCAGAUGGCUCUCAAACGACUCCGUCGCAGCCGUGGGCGUGGUCCAUUCCUUGGCCUCCUCAACCUAUACAUGGAUGUAGUCCAAGUGAAGGACAAAGUGGCAUGUGAGAUCAGCUCAGCGGAUGAACUGGCAUUGACAGAGCUUAUGUUCAGUGAUACUUUGAAGGAUGCUAUAGUAGAAAAAGAUGGUGGCUCUGCUUUCUUGCUUUUUUUGGCAACAAAAGCUUCAGGGUGCCCCAAAACCGUGGGGGUCAAAAGGACGUGAUCAAUAUGAUCAAGAGGGAUGUCAACUUUAGCAAAAGACAGUUUGAAUUUCUUGCUAUGUAGGUAAGUCCUUUUCUAGAUUGAUAAACAAUUUACAGGCUAGAAAUAUUUUGUGGCUCGAGGAAGUAAAGGUGAUAGUAUCUUUGUGUUGGAAUGAGUUCAGUACCUGGGGAUACCAGGUGUCAGGUGAUAGUAUCUUAUUAUUUGUGUGGAAUGAGUUCCAGGUUAAUCUUGUAGUGCUACCUGGGGACAUCACAAGAGGCUCCAUGUAGUAUCUGCUA